CCAAUCAAAUGUUGCGUAGUAUCGUUGUGUUCAGGAUGUUGCUCACAGAAUCAAGAUGGCAUCCGAAACUGGUACAAGUAUCGUGUCAAAUGAGCGAUGUGAUGUAAAUAAUACAAUUCAGCAAGUAUUUGAGCCGCUACGAAGGGAAACAACCAACGUAAAAGUGUCCAGAACAGCGUGGAAUAGUGUUACUAAAGAGACAAACGAGUUUUCGGACGAUUUAGCGUUACAUUCAAUCACGACGCCCACGAUUUUCUCUACAGCGUCAUCGUUUAAUGCAAACACGGAAGGGAAAGGAUUACAGAGAAACGUGAAUUUCAUGAGCUCUUCUGGUGAUGUGGAAGAACGUACUACUUACAAACUCGCUAUCAACACUACAUUGCGUAUACCAACCUUGGAAGCACACAGCAUGUCUAAUCAGAGAAAUGAGUUGGACAAUGUUGCUUGUCUUGCAGAACAGCCAAAUGGAAAUCCUGAUCACUGCAAUAACGAGUUAUUAAAACCUAAAAUAGAACCAGUUCAGCAUGCUAUUCACAUUGAGUCAGCAUGUAACAAAGAUACGACGCUAUCAGAUGGAAUGCAUACAUUAUCAACAAAAUUAGAAGGAUGUAUGAAUCUGGAGAAUACUAACACACCUCAACUAGGGGAAAGUCCUCAAAGUAGCGGUGAAGUGAUUAACAGUCCCAGAAGUCCAGAUUAUCCCCCAAGAGUUUCUGAUAGUCCAAACAGUCCAGAUACUACAUUUCCCAGUAGUAUGACAUCAACAAUAGCAACGUCAACAGUUAUAAUGGAUACAGCAACAUACGAUGAAGAUAACACAGAUAAUUUAACUGGGAAAGCUAACAAGAAUCUGAUGCCUUAUUCAUAUUGCGGACAAUUGGACAAAACUGAAGAACAAGUUUCUAUUACACAAAUAAAAUCGAACGAAGAAGAAAAGAUGGAUGAAGAAAUGGAUAUUGUUCAUAGAGAUAUUAAAACAGAAGUUGUUGAAGUGAAAGCAGAGCCAACUGAUUCUCUAGAACAAUUAGACGUUAAAUCUGAUUGGACUACUAACAAUGUAUCUACGACAAUAGUUGAACGGAGUGAUGCUGCAUUGUCUCAUAAUAAAUCAGUAAAUUGCAUUAGUUCUACAUCUUCGGGUUCCCAUUCAAAGUCUUAUACAUCUUCAAGAGACAAAAGAAGUAAGGAGCACAGUGAGCGGCGCGUUUGUUCACGUUGUUACAAACGUAGCAAAAUAAAACGCGCAAGCAUUGGAGUACAGUGUAAACGGGAUCGCAGUAUGGUUUCAUUAAGUUCUAAACCAGUAACCCAUGCAUUCUCAAAGUCUACAAAUGAAAAUCUCAGGUUAAAUUUGCAAACAAAAAAUUAUAAAAUGCUUCACAAUCCACCACUUAAAAGUGAAUUACUCGAAGGCCUAAAGUACAAGAAAUUUAUUCAUAUAGAAACCUAUCCUAACGGUGGUGCAACUGUUGUGCAUAUGUAUCAAGAUGAAAUUGAUGCAUUAUCACACGAACAAGUAGAGGAAUUAGCUCAAGAGUAUUUCAAGGUAGUUUUUGGUGAAGAUGAAAAUGGAAAUGCCCAUCAUGUUAUGGGUAUAGUACACAAUGCUGCUGCAUAUCUCCCUGAUUUAUUAGAUUACAUGGCAGACAAUUAUCCCACUUUAACUGUUAAAAAUGGCGUGUUAGGAAGAAAUAGUGAUAUAGAAACUACAACUAUGGUUCAGUACAAAGAACAAGUUUGUAAAGCAUAUAGUAAUGGAACUGUUAGAUAUGGGCCCCUUCAUCAAAUAAGUCUCGUGGGAACUGUUCAUGAAGAAGUUGGUGGAUAUUUUCCAGAUCUAUUACAAAAAUUAGAAGAAAAUCCAUUCUUAAAGCUGACUAUGCCUUGGGGUCCAUUGUCUGUGGUGAAAAUGGAUACACCUCAAGAAUCAAACGACGGUCCAAUUCUAUGGAUUAGACCAGGGGAGCAAUUAGUUCCAACAGCAGAUAUAAAUAAAAGUCCUUAUAAGAGACGUAGGACGGGGAUAAACGAAUUGCGAAAUCUUCAAUACUUACCUCGUCUUAGCGAAGCCCGUGAAUAUAUGUUCGAGGAUCGUACUAAAGCUCAUGCGGAUCACGUGGGCCAUGGAUUAGACAGAAUGACAACAGCUGCAGUAGGUAUAUUGAAAGCUGUUCAUGGUGGACAACCUUCCGAAUACAAUAGGAUUACAAAGGACGUUGUGGCGUUCUAUGCUGGUGACUUCCCUGAACUAGUCGAAAAAUUGCAACUGGAUCUUCAUGAACCACCAAUAUCUCAGUGUGUACAGUGGAUCGAAGACGCUAAAUUAAAUCAAUUGCGUAGACAGGGUAUUCGAUAUGCGAGAAUAAAUUUAUAUGACAAUGACAUAUACUUUUUACCGCGUAAUAUUAUUCAUCAGUUUCGUACAGUCUCGGCCGUUUCAAGUGUGGCAUGGCACGUCAGAUUAAAACAGUAUUAUCCAGAAUCACAACAUAAUACAAACAUUAGACACACUCGCGUUGGAAGUGAGUCGUCUCAUCGCAUAAAAGAAAAGAAACCUUUGGAAGUUGUUAGUAUAGGAGAUGAACAGAAAGAGAAUACAAAUCGCCAACGUGUAGAACAAAAACAUUGUAUUGAUUCUCUUGAAGAGAAAAAGGCAAAAGAAAGAGCGGCCGAAUAUCAAGGGAACUUGAAGAAAUCAGAUCAACAUGGAAAGCGUAAAGAGGAACGUAAAAACAGAGACCAUACAAGACAUUCUUCCGUCUCAAGUAAAAGAAGAGAGUCCGAGGAAAAUAACGAUAAUUGUUCGGAUCUUUUUAGUAAUAAAUCUUCAAAGAACAACACGGUAGAUCAAAAACAGACCAGUGAGAAGAGAGACGAUAAAAGGUCCGAAAGGAGACACGAAGAUCGUCGUCGAUCGAACGAAAAGUCCAGUCAUCACUCUCAUAGCAGCAGCAGCGGCAGUAGUCAUUCUGGAGACAAGAAAAAAUAUGACUGUAGUGGUCAUAAAUUAGACCAUCAUCGUCACCAUAACCGAUGUAGUAGUAGUACUACGUCUAGCAAAGAAACCAUUUCACCUACUAUCGAAUCGAAAUCUGUCAAUAAGUUUAGCAGCUCAAGCUCUUUAACGAAAGACAGUAAAAGACGUUUGAGCUCAUCGGAGCUUUGUUCGUCGGAACAUGAUACAACUUCCGAUUGCAACGUUGUUAUUCUUGAACAAGAUAUAUUAGCGCAACGGCAAUUAAUAGCGAAGACAUAUGCAACGGAAGUUGUAGACAAGGCUUUAGAAAUUGCUAUUUAUAAAUCAAAAACUGACGUGGAAGAAGUUUGCCAGUCUUUACGAACCGGUGUUGCAGAGGCUUCGAAGGAGGUGCUAGAAAAAAUACAUAAAGAAAGCUUUGAAAUCGCCGAACAGAAGUACAAAAAUGAUAUAUCAAAAUUAGAGCAAUAUUGUCAAUUACUGGAAGUAGAAACAACAUUGGCUUUUACAUCGAAAAUGGAAUGCGCAACUGAAAAUGCAGUGAAAGCAUUGAUCGAGAUGGCUGAAGACGAAGCUAAGGAGAGAUCAAAAACUGAGAAAGUCUGUGCAUCAACUGCCAGUAAUUCGUGCGAGGAAAAUUCGUCGUCUACAACAAAGAUUACUAAUUCUUCUUCUUGUUCUUCAAUUAUAUCUACAUCUCCGACAACAGAAAGUGAAAAGCAUAGUAGUAAUAGUCGAAAUGGUAGCAGUGAUGAAAAUUCAUCGAAAUUGCCAUCGGAUUCACAUUCGGCUCAUUCAGAGUCCAAAAGAAAACAUAGAGACGAUAAGGAUUCUAGAAGUCAGCGCCACAAGGAUAGAAGGGACCGAGACAGACGCGAUAGGGAACAUAAGAAGCAUCGUCAUCGGAGUCCGUCGUCAUCCCAACGUAAAUCUGACAGUAAAAUCGGAGAAACUAGUAGUAAAGAGGAUCCACUGAAAAUCAUUACGCUGCCUAGAGACUAUAACGUUUCUAAUAAAACUAGUGAUCGCACGGAUAAUAAAGACAGUGAGAGGAAAUCCGAAAAAAGAAGAGAGGGUCAUCAUAGUCAUGGAAGAGAUGGGCAGAAAAAAUCGUCUAGCGGUCGUUCAUCGAAAGAUGAUUCGGGAUCGAGUCGGUCUCACUCGUCGAGUUCGAAUCAUAAGAGGAAGUCAAGUUCCUCAGAGGAGCAGAAGGAACCGAAGAAACCGUGUAUUGAAAAGGACGUUACGGUAACGUCGGAACAAAAUACUCUUGACAGUACGUUAAGUACGAUAACAGUGACAACAGUGGCUCAAUCGUCGACGACAAGUACUGUCGUGUCUACGUGAAAAGGUGAAAAUUAUUGUAAGCUGUAGUACAAUCUACUCGUUAGAAAAGAAAAUUCGUGCAGUCGAAGUUAUACAUCGACGAUAUUGCGCGGCACGAACUCUAAUUGUUUUGGAAGUAGUGAGAUUUACGUUAUAUAUCCGAGUUUACAGGAACAUGAGAUGUGCACCAAUAUACAAAGUAUGAUAAAAAGUGUAUCAGACUUUACCAAAGUAAAGGUAAUUGCCGUGUUAUAUCCAAAGACCAGUUAGAACUUUUACCAAUCAAGGAUUUGCUAUAUCAUCAUUUUCAUGCAAUUAUACAGCGCCUUAGUCUUAACAAAAAAAGAAGAAGAAAAAAGAAGAGGAAGAUUACAACUGUGAAAAUGGUUAUUGUCUGAAAGCAUUUUCUGAUACAGACUCGCAAAAAUUAUUUUGCUAUAUAAAGUCUCCGAGCGUCUCGCACACACUGCUGAGUAUGAAAGCGAAAAGUGAGUAGAUAUUUAUAGAAUAGGUGACCAAUAUGAUGUGUACAAAACAAAAUUUGUACAAAUUUGUGAUCAGAAAUUAAACGGUUUAGCACGUUAGUGCUGUACAUUGUAUAUAGAUUAAUACAUUAUUCAAAAAAUCAUUUUGCAGCGAAUCAUGUUUAAGUUAUAUACAUAUGUACAUAUAUAAAUGUAUGUAUGCAUGUAUGUGUGUAUGAUUGUAUGCAUGCUAUAUGCCUAUGUAUACAUGUGUAUAUAUGUAUAUAUAUACACACCACGCAUACGCAUACGCAUACUCUUACGCAUACACAUACACAUACAAAUCUUGUGGCAUAUGUAUACAUGUGUGUAUAU